AUGGGGCUCGACGUCGAGGCAAACGGGCUCGCAGCCUUGAGCGGCACGUUUCUGCUCCUCACCGCGGGAAGCGUCGUGUUGCGCUUCGUCGCUCGCUACAAGCAAAAGGGCCGAGUCUGGAUGGACGAUUACACCAUGGCCCUGGCGUGGGUCGGCUUCGUUGGCCUCGCGGCCCUGUCCUUCUUCGGCAUAUCGAGGGGAUUCCUGGGCUACGCGAUGCCCAGGGACAGGGCGCUGGUCCAGGCCGUGGCGUUGACGCAGGCGCGCGCUCUCAUCUCCUUUGACGUGCUGACCGCAAUGACGUUUGGCAUGACCAAGCUCAGCGCCGUGUUUUUCUACCGGCGCAUCUUUUGCUUUGGGCCUCGCCGCGACGUGUUCGACUACGUCACCGUGGUCUUCAUCUUGCUCGUCUCCGCGUGGACCGUGACGUUUAUUGUCGUGCCCCUGAAUCUCUGUGGCCCCUUGAAGAGCAUCGAGUGGGAUAUCCACCACGCGGCGCAAUGUGACCACUAUGCCUACUUUAAGGGCAUUUCCGUGUCCGACUUUGUUCUAGACGUUGCGGUGCUUGUCUUGCCGCUCCCCAAGAUUUGGUCUCUCAACAUGACCACGGUCCGGAAAAUCGCAGUCUCCUGUGUCUUUCUCAUUGCGCUCGUCGGCUUAGGUGCGAGUACAGCACGCUUGGUCAUCAUGAUGCAGCUUAUUCGCAAAGGCAGAGCUGGGAAUGCUAAAGAUACCUACCAGGGCAAUACCCAGAUCGUAUAUUACGCCAUCCUCGAAGCCGCCUUCAACAUUGUCGCGAUAAACGGCCCGUCGCUUUGGUACCUCGUUGCUGGAGUUCCACCCGAGCGUGUCCUGCACAGCAUUCGCAGCAUCAUAUCUCUUGGCUCUGGACACCGUCCCGAUUCCUCCAAGAGCUCAGUAGAACGCGCCACGCGCGACACCGCCCCGGGCUACAAACUUGAUGAUACGGAUUCUUCGCCGUCGAGUCCCGUCAAGAAUGGCGUCGAGACAUACGCCAUGGCGGAUUUGAGUGCCGUGACUUCUGCAAAGGGGAGCCAAGGUGUCAUUGUUGUUGACCGUGAGUUUAGGCGAGAAGUUGAGCAACGGCAUCAAGAUCUAUAG